GGCCACUCUUCAUAAACCAAACCACACUUCACAAUGCUGAUCUUCAAGGACGUCAUCUCUGGCGACGAGGUUGCCUCUGACUCUUUCCCCCACAAGCUCGUUGACGACCUCUACUACGAGGUUGACGGCAAGACCAUCUCCGUCAAGGAGGGCAUUGACGAUUCGCUCAUCGGUGGCAACGCCUCCGCUGAGGGUGAGGAUGCCGAUGAUGGCGCUGCUGACGGCGUCAAGAGCGUCAUCAACGUUGUCUACUCGCACCAGCUUGUUGAGACCAGCUUUGACAAGAAGUCGUACACUGCCUACAUUAAGGGCUACAUGAAGGCCAUCAAGGCUCACCUCGAGAAGAACCAACCCGAGCGUGUUGAUGUCUUCACCAAGGGCAUGCCCGAGAUUGUCAAGAAGAUUCUUGGCAACUUUGACAACUACCAGUUCUUCACUGGCGCCUCGAUGAACGUUGACGGCCUUGUUGUCCUCCUCAACUACCGCGAGGACGGUGUUACCCCUUACUUUAUCAUCUUCAAGGAUGGUGUCAUCCCCGAGAAGGUGUAAAAACCUCCCAAUCAGCUUUUAUUGUCUUAACCCACCCCCUUUGUUGUUUUUCGUCUUUUUUUCUUUGCUUAAGCCUCCAUUUUUUUUUUCAUGUUUCUCUCCUUUUUCUCUUUCUUGAUAUUGUUUUAAUACAUGGUUUUCAUUUCUGCACAA